CGCUCCCCCGCCGCACGGGACGGGACCGGUCCGCAGAGCGGCACCACCAUGGGCCUGCAGCGCAGGGUGAUACGGCUCCUCGCCUGCAGCCGGCGCUGGGGCAAUGGCUGGCUGACGGGGCCAGCCCGGAGCGGCGCUAGGAGCGCUCCCGCCGCCCGGCGCGCCCUCUCCGCCGGGCAGGCCGCCCCCGAGGGCGCGUACGAGCAGGCGCUCAGGGCCGCCCUGGCGGAGCCCGAGAAGCUGUGGGGAGAAGCCGCCGGGUGGAUCCAGUGGCACAAGCCCUGGGUCAAACUCGUGGACAGGAGCAACCCGCUCGUAGCCUCCUGGUUUGUGGAUGGAGAGCUAAAUAUUUGUUAUAAUGCUGUAGAUCGUCAUGUUGAGAGUGGACAUGCAGACAAGAUUGCUAUUAUCUAUGAUAGUCCUGUAACAAACACUAAACAGGCUAUCACUUACAAAGAAGUUCUUGAACAGGUCUCCAAGUUAGCUGAUGUUAUGGUGAAAUACGGUGUGAAGAAAGGAGAUUGUGUUGUCAUCUACAUGCCCAUGAUUCCACAGACAAUGUAUACUAUGCUGGCAUGCGCAAGAAUAGGAGCCAUACAUAGCCUCAUUUUUGGUGGAUUUGCAUCUAAAGAGCUUUCUAGUCGCAUUGAUCAUGCAAAGCCCAAACUUGUUGUAACUGCAACUUUUGGGAUAGAACCAGGAAGAAGAGUGGAAUACAUGCCGCUUCUAGAAAGAGCACUGGAGAUGAUACAGCACCAACCUGAGAAAGUUCUCAUAUACAGUCGACCUCACUUGGGAACUGUUCCUCUAGUCUCAGGUCGUGAUCUUGAUUGGGAUGAAGAAAUAGCAAAAGCCAAGCCUCAUGAUUGUGUUGCUGUUCGUUCAGAUCAUCCACUUUACAUUCUUUAUACAUCAGGAACGACUGGCUUGCCCAAGGGUGUUGUUAGACCAACAGGUGGCUAUGCGGUUAUGUUGAACUGGACAAUGUCAGCUAUAUAUGGACUCAGACCUGGAGAGGUAUGGUGGGCAGCUUCUGACUUAGGCUGGGUAGUUGGCCAUUCCUACGUUUGUUAUGCACCUCUCCUGCAUGGGAAUACAACUGUUUUGUAUGAGGGGAAGCCUGUGGGAACACCAGAUGCUGGUGCUUACUUCCGUGUGCUAGCAGAGCAUGGAGUGGCUGCCUUUUUUACUGCACCAACUGCAAUUAGAGCAAUCCGUCAGCAGGACCCUGAGGCAGACUUGGGAAAGCAGUACUGUUUGACAAGGUUCCGAACAUUAUUUGUAGCUGGUGAACGCUGUGAUGUGGAGACAUUAGAAUGGUCCAAAAAAGUCUUCAAGGUCCCAGUGUUGGAUCACUGGUGGCAAACUGAAACUGGAUCUGCAAUUACUGCUUCCUGCAUCGGUUUGGGCAACUCUACAACUCCUCCACCAGGACAAGCAGGAAAAUCAGUGCCAGGAUACAAUGUGAUGGUUCUGGAUGACAACAAGCAACCAGUGAAGGCCAAGACUUUAGGAAAUAUUGUGGUAAAGUUGCCUUUGCCUCCUGGAGCCUUCUCGGGUCUCUGGAAAAAUCAGGAAACGUUCAAGGAGUUAUAUUUCCAAAAAUUUCCCGGAUACUACGAUACCAUGGAUGCUGGGUACAUGGAUGAAGAUGGCUACUUAUAUGUCAUGUCUCGAGUUGAUGACGUGAUCAAUGUUGCAGGUCAUAGAAUUUCUGCAGGUGCAAUUGAGGAGUCUGUUCUUUCCCAUGGAGCUGUGGCUGAUUGUGCUGUUGUUGGCCAAGAAGAUGCCUUAAAAGGUCUUGUCCCAUUAGCGCUAUGUGUAUUAAGAAAUGGUAUAAAGACAGAGGAGGAGAAAGUUUUGGAAGAAAUUGUUAAGCGUGUUCGAGAAAGCAUUGGCCCAGUGGCAGCUUUCCGAAAGGCAGUGUUUGUGAAACAGAUACCAAAGACACGUUCUGGCAAAAUACCACGUUCUGCUCUUUCUGCUCUUGUCAAUGGCAAACCAUAUCAGAUAACUCCAACCAUUGAGGAUCCUGGUGUGUUUAAACAUGUAGAAGAAGUACUGAAGAAAAAAAAAUAAUGUGACUUUUAUCCAUCAUACAGUGUCUUUUAAUGGUACACUUCCGAACGUCUGGAAUACAUGAAGAAAUUUUGUAUUUGGCAACACAGUUAUAGAACAUAUUUUAGAAGUCUGAAGUAACCUGGCGCUAAUUUUAUUACUACAAAACUGUUGCUGCUUUCUCUGUCAUGUCAUAUCAUGGACAGUGAAACAUUUUGAGUUUUGGCAGCAUUUGUCAUUUGUAUUAUACUGGAGGUUUAGACAGAUAGGAAGUAGAUACUUACAGUAGAGACCUGUAAAGAGGGUUCAUAAAUUCAUCGAGUUCAAGGCCAGAGGGGACCAUCAGAUCAUAUAGUCUGACUACCGUAUAACACACAUUCUUAAUUUCACCCAGUAACCCUUGCAUUGAGCACAAUAACUCGUUUGGCUAAAGCAGAUGUUCCAGAAAAGUAUUAUCCAUACUCGAUUAGAUGAUUUGGAGAAUCCACCGCUUCCCUUGGUCACUUCUCAACCUUUUUUUGAUAAACUAAACAGAUUGAGCUAAGACUCUUGCUAUAUGGCAUUUUCUCCAGCCCUUGAAUCAAUUUUGUGUCUCUUUUCUGCAUGUCUCCACAAAUUUUCAGCUUCUUUUUAAAAUGCGACACCAGAACUGUAUGCAUUAUCUCAAUAUCAGUUUCACCAAUGCUGCAUGAAGAGAUAAAAUCACCUCCCAACUCCUACUCCCUGUUUAUAUAUACAAAGAUCACAUUAGCACUUUUUGCCACAGCAUCGCAUUGGGAGCUUAUGUUGAUUUGCUCUACUAUGACCCCUAAAUCCUUUCCAGGAUACAGACUCCCAUGCUAUAGGUCUGGCCUACGUUCCUUGUUCUACUCCUGGUAGAAUUCUCCACCAAAAACUUAAAAAUUCUGCGCACAAUAUUUUACAAUUCUUUAUAUUUUGUCACAAUAAUAUAAUCACACCAGUUUGUUAUUUUUGGUCAUUUAUUUCAAAAUACCUGUUAACAAGUAUGUCCGUAACAAUAUAGACAACAAAAAAAGACUCAGGAAAUGUUUUUUGACAGAUUCCUUACUACGCAUAUUAAUACAGAACUCUAAGUAAUAAUUCAUUUAAACUACAAUACAGAACCAUAUUGCCCAUACCCAGGGGUGGCUCUAGAC